AUGGCGAAAGCCUUAUUCGUCACUUAUUUGAUUGCUUUAUCAAUUGGCUUGGCGACUGGUUAUGCAUUGGAAUGUGCUGUUGGACCUGCAUACUGGUGUAAAUCAUUCGAAAAUGCACAGAAUUGUGGUGCAAUACAGCAUUGCACUGAUACAGUUUGGAGUCAUGAUGAUAAACAUGAAUUAGUUGCUUCAACAACAACAUGUCAAUGGUGUCAAAGAAUUUUUCAAAAUACACAUAAAGGAUUUGAUGUAUUAGCUGAUAAUGAAAAUUUGAUGAUAUCCACAUUAAGUAGUGAAUGUAAAUCAUUAUUACCAAAUGAUCUUUCAACGAAAUGUAUGAAUAUCAUUCAAAAUUAUGGAACAUCAGUUAUAUCAUUGAUUAAAAAACAGCGUUAUGCAACAUUAUGUCGUUUGAUGAAUAUGUGUACUAGUGAACCAGUUACUGAAAAAUCACCGGUAAAUCUUGGACGUAAUCGAUGUACAUGGGGUCCAGCAUAUUGGUGUUCAUCAUUGAGUAAUACACGUGAAUGUAAUUCAAUUGAACAUUGUUCAAAACAAAUUUGGUCACAACAAGCAAUUGAAAAAAAAGAAAAUGAUAGUGUUUGUCAAUAUUGUGAAUAUAUUAUUAAAAGAUUACAUACUAUUAUAAAUGAUAAUACAACACAAAUCAAUGUUGAAAAUUGGUUAGCUGAAGCUUGUUUAAUGUUAAAAAAACAAGAGAUGAUCGAUGAAUGUGUGAAAACGAUGAGUUAUUAUGCAAAAGAAAUUCUUGUUUUAAUCAAUAACAAUAUUGAUCCUGGUAUAAUCUGUCAUUUGGGACAAAUGUGUAAAGAUGCAACAAUUAUAAAACGAAUAAAUAUUGAUGAUGAAGAAAUAAAACCAGUAUCUUUUAAUGAACAAUCAAAAAUAUUAUGUAAUGUUAUUGUUCAUGCUACACAUGAUCUAUAUGCCAAUCAACAUAAAAGUCCAAGUGAUAUUCAAACAUUUUUAAAACAUGAUUGUCAAAAAUUAUCAACUUCUGAACUUACUAAAAAGUGUGAAGAUUUAGUUGAUCGAUAUGGUCAUAAUAUCUAUAUAUAUGUAUCUAAAAAUAUGGAAUUAUCAAAAGUCUGUGAUAAGAUUGAUCUUUUUACCGAUCCUACUACUUCUCAAUCUUCUCCACAUGCUCAUUGUGAUUUAUGUACAUACGUUUUAUCAACAACUAAAUACAUGCUCGAAACGAAACAAUCUGAAGACAAAGUUCUUCACUAUAUUGAUGAACAAUUAUGUUCACAUUGGGAUGGUGAAAUGAAGGAAAGUUGUAAAUAUGUUAUAGAAACAUAUGGAAAAGAUUUUAUUGAUAAUAUUCAACAUGGAACACAACCAAUACUUCUUUGUACUUAUUUUCAAGUUUGUCUCAAUGAAAUAGCUGAUGAAAAAAGUCCAAUACAAAAAAAUGAAAUGCAUUCAUUUUUCAAAAAAAAUAUUUGUGAUCAUCUUGGACCAUUUGAAGAUUCUUGUAAUGCAUUAAUAGAAAAAGAUACUACACGUCUUUUCAAAACACUUGUUAAUGAUAUGGAAGGUGAUGUUCUUUGUCAAAUGUUUGGAAUAUGUUUAACGAAAAUGUCAUUUAUUGAUAAUUUAUCGAUUAAUGAUAAUAAAAAUAAAUGUAAACGAUGCAUUGAUAAUUUUACACGAAGAAAACAUAUUGCUGAAAAACUUUUACAUCAUUCAUCGGAAUUUCUUCAUCAUCUUUGUGGACAAUUACCUCAAGAAGAUGAAUGUACUAAAGCAGUUGAUGACUCGAUUAAUAAACUUGUUCAAUUUAUUCAAUCAUUAAAUCCACAAGGUAUUUGUGUCGAAUUAAAAAUAUGUAAUGAAACAUUAUUAAAAGAAAUAGAACCACUUCGAAUAACUGCAUCGGAUAAUAUCAUAAGUCAAGAAGUUAUUGUUUAUAUUAAAAAUGAAAUUUGUGCUAGACUUGGACCAUUAUCAAAUUUGUGCAAUAAUGUGAUUGAUUCUGAAGGUGCAAGUCUUUUUGCUCUUAUUGCUAAAAAAAUAGAUCCACAUAAAGUCUGUCAUGUGAUUGAUGCAUGUCCGACUACUACUGCAUUUGAAAAUUGUAACGAUAAAUGUGAAUGUUGUGUGAGUAAAAUUGAGAAUUAUCAAGGACGAUUAGCUACAUUUUUACAAACAAUGCUGACGAUUACAAACGCUAUAUGUGAACGUAUACCAGACUCGGAGAGUUGUCGCGAAGUCGCUGCCGAAUUCAAAUCAACUAUUGAUAAAACAAUUGAUGGUUUUAAUGCCAAGCGAAUUUGUCAAUUAUUAACUCAUUGUUCAGCAACUCCUGUAGAAUGCAAUAUGGAUAGUGAUAAAUGUCAAUGUUGUCAAAAUCAUUUAAAUUUUCGCCAAAAUAAUUUUCGUACAGUAAUCAAUGAACUAGCAACAUUUGUAGGUUCUUCAUGUAAUGAUAAUGAGUCUCAUUCAUCUAUUCACUCAGCUCAUCAAGAAGUAUUAAAUCAAAUAAAUCAAAUAAAUUCUUUAACAUUUUGUCAACAUUUUGGUCUUUGUUUAUCUAAAUCAUCAUUAAGAUCCAUACCAUUUCUUUCGAAAUUAAUGACUACAUUUUAUCUUAAUUUUGGAUCAUCUAUUGAAAAAUUUUCCGAUAAUCUUUGUUUGAACUUUGGAGAUUUAAAACCUAUAUGUGAACAUUUAAUGGGAUCAACACAAAGUACUCAUUAUAUUAAUAUUUAUAUGGCUUUAUUAAAAAAUGAUCCAAAAUUAAUUGAUGAUGAGUUACGUAAACCUAAAACAGAUACUUGUGAUAAAUGUAAAAAUGCUACUCAAUCAUCAAAAGAUUUUCUCCUGAAUGAAUUAGAAUCGGUUCGUAAUAUUUUACUUCAAACAUGUGAAAUUUGUUCAGCAAAAGAUCGAUGUCAAAAUCUUAUUAAUCAACGAUUUAACAAUCUUAAAUCUUAUUUAAAUAAUAUUAAUCCUGAACAAUUUUGUCAAUCAAUUCAUCUUUGUUCAAUAUCUUUAAAUAAUAAAUGUUCAACAUGUAUUGAACGUUUACAAUUAAGAAAAGAUGGAAUUUUACAAGCUAUUGAUCGACUUACAGGAUAUUUUCGUGAUCUUUGUCAAAAACAUGCUGAAACUAAACAAUGUCAAAUAUAUAUUCAACAAAUACAUGAUUUAAUUCAAAUAUCAUUUGAAGAAUUUGAUCCAAAAGAAACUUGUAAUUUAAUUGGUUUUUGUACAACAGAUGGUACUGAAAAUAAAAUGAAUUUUGAUAAAUAUGAAAAAGAUUUAGUAGAUGAAAUUGAUAAAAAUAUUUGUUCAACUCUUGGUCCAUUUGAAAUAUUAUGUAAAAGUGUUAUUCAUGGUGAUACAAAACAAAUUCAAAAAUUAAAAAUAAAUUAUGAUAUUAAAGAUUUAAUGCAAAUUGAUGACAAAUUAACAGAAAAUUUAUCUAAAACACAAGAUCUUGAUGAAUUCGAACAUGACAAAUGCAAAUGUUGUAUUUUUCGAAUAAUUCGAAGAAAACGACAUAUUAAAUUUCUAGGUGAUAGAAUCUUUAUGUCUUUAAUUCGUUCAUGUAAACAUUGUCCAACUAAACAUAAAUGUCGUCACCAUUGGCGAAUGGCUAAAUUACGAUUUGAUACACGUAUUAAACAUAUUAAUCCAAAACGAGUUUGUAAACAUCUUGGUUUUUGUAAUAAAUCAUUAUUAUGUAAUAAUAUGGGAGGUUUUCAAGAAAUAUGUGAAGAAACAAUUCAAUCAGAAAUAAAAGAAAUAAAACCAAUUGAUAAUUCAAAUUCUACAUGUAUUCUUUGUGAAUAUAUAAUGAAUAUUCUUUCAAAUUAUAUUAAUUAUCAAUCAACUGAAGAAGAAAUUGAAGAAAAUUUACAAAAAAUUUGUAAUUUAAUACCAUCAAUAUUACAAGAACAAUGUUAUGAUUAUAUUGAUAAUUAUGGCCCAUCAAUAAUUACAACACUUCUUCAAGAAUUUAAUCUAUCAACAAUUUGUCAUAAACUUAAUUUAUGUACAAAUCAAAUGAAAAUUAAUAUUACAUAUUUAACAAAAGCAAAUGCAUCAACAUGUGGUAUUUGUGAUUAUAUAUCAACAUAUUUACAUUUUGCUCUUAAACGUGAUUCAAAUGAAAAAUCUCUUCAACAUGCUUUAUCAACUGUUUGUUCACAUUUAAUAAUUAAUAUAGAUUAUUCAAAAUGUCAAACAAUAGUUCUUUUAUUUUCACCAUAUAUUCAAAAAUUAGAAUUAAAUCCAGGACAGAAUUUUUGUAAACAAUUAACAAUAUGUCAAACACCAAUGAUUAAAUUACAACCAGCAAUAUCAAUCAAAAAGGAAGAUAAAAUCCUUGAAAAUAUUUUACUUAAACAACCUCAUGUUAAUAAAGUAUUAAUAAAAGAUAAAAAAAAAGAUUCCGGGAUUAUUGAAAAUUUUAAUUUAACUCCAAAAUGUACAUUAUGUCAUUAUGUUAUUUCAUAUUUGGAUGCAGCUUUAAAAAAUAAUAAAUCAGAAGAAGCUAUUCAACAAGCAUUAGAAAAAGUAUGCACUAUUUUACCAAGUAAAGAACGUACUGAAUGUGAUGAACUUAUUACAUCUUAUGGACCUGUUCUUGCAGAAUUAAUUGCUGCAUCAGCUGAUCCAGAUACAGCUUGUCGUUAUCUUAAAAUGUGUCCAGAUUCUAUAAGCAAAACCUCGACAACAACAACAACAACAAUGAGAUAUGGUAAAUGUAUAUUUGGCAUGAAGUAUUGGUGUGCAACUCCUGAAAAUGCUAAAUUGUGCAAUGCUGUUGAAUUAUGUGAACGUCAAGUUUGGUCGAAAAAAAAUAUUUUGGUUAAUUAA